AUGCACGCCAUCCUCGGACUUCUUCUAGCGAUGGUAGCGGCAGUAGCAGCAUUCUCGAACAGGGUUCGACAAUACGAGUGGACCAAUCGCAAAUGGGUUUGGAGUACUAUAGACAGCUCAAAUUACACAAAUGGUGACUUUUUCAUACGAUCCGCAAAAUGGAUUCCGUCAGGAGGAGCCGGUCUCGUCUCCGGCAGAGGAAAUUUCCGACCAGGAUUCACAGGAAGAGAUUGGAGGAGUGCUAUGGCAGAACCAAAUUUCAACAAGAGAUCCGCACAACCAUGGUUCAGCGAGGACUAUUAG